AUGCGCCGUUUCCCUCCCCUUGGUCCCUUCUGGCUUGCGGAAUUUCGGAAUGAGGCCAGACAGGCUCGUCACGUCGAAGGAUUACGAUUCCAUUCGUCUCGUCCAAAUCCAAUCCACUUGCACCGUUCUCAAACUGCGACCCUUUCUACUAAGCGACCGUCGUCAAAGCCGGAACCCCUCACAAAGCCGGAGCCGAAGAGAGCUUGGAAACCAGUUCUAGGACUCUUCAGCUGGUAUUCGAACACGCAGAAACAUCGACCAUAUCUCACUCAGCUAUUCAUUACCGCUUUUAUCUACUGCCUUGGUGAUUUCUCUGCGCAGAGGAUUGGGAACGACACAUUUGAUGCUCACCGCUCCUUGCGAAGUAUCAUAAUCGGCGCCGUCGUCUCCAUCCCCAGUUACGAGUGGUUCCUAUUUCUUGGAAGGCGGUUCAAUUAUAGUUCUUCGUUUGUGUCCAUCGGGGCGAAGGUGGCUGUCAAUCAGCUUUUCUAUACCCCGUUGUUCAACGUCUACUUUUUUGCAUUCCAUGCUCUGCUCUCCGGCGAGGGACUUACAGGGGCUGUUGAACGAGUAAAGGCCACGGUACCGACCAGUAUUCCGAGAAGCUUUCUAUACUGGCCUCUGGUCACGACUUUUAAUUUCACCUAUGUCAGCCCAGAGUCACGCGCGAUUGCUACAUCACUCUUUGCUGUCUUUUGGCAGUCAUACUUAAGCUGGUUGAACAAUAUGGCGGAGAAGGACCAAAGAAGGGCAUCUGGAAUUAUAUCUGCACUAGUGAAUCCAUAG